UGCUUGCAUGACCAAAGUCAAGGUGGCAGCCACAUCCUUUUAGAAUUUAAGAGUAGUGAAGCCGUUUACUUUUUUUUUUUGCCCUCUUGGUGAAAAUGGUCCUUUGCGUCUGGCUCUAAUAUUUGGAGGCGUGGUUGCCAGCAGUCAAAAUGGCUCCUCCUGGAAAUAGAUUUAAUAGGAUGUGAAGCUGCGACGGCGAGGCGUUGCCCGGCCUAUCUUGCGUAGUGUUCUUGGAAUUAGUUCCUCUUGCCCUCACUAGACAUGGCGCUGGCCAGCGUGUUGGAGAGACCGCUACCGGUGAACAAGCGCGGGUUUUUCGGACUCGGGGGUCGUGCAGAUCUGCUAGAUCUGGGUCCAGAGAGUCCCAGUGAUGGGCUGAGCCUGGUCGCGCCCAGCUGGGGUGUCCCAGAGGAGCCAGGAAUCGAAAUGCUUCAUGGAACCACCACCCUGGCCUUCAAGUUCCGCCACGGAGUCAUAGUUGCAGCUGACUCCAGAGCUACAGCGGGUGCUUACAUUGCCUCCCAGACGGUGAAGAAGGUGAUAGAGAUCAACCCCUACCUGUUGGGCACCAUGGCUGGGGGUGCAGCAGAUUGCAGCUUCUGGGAGCGGCUUUUGGCUCGGCAAUGUCGAAUCUAUGAGCUCCGAAACAAGGAGCGCAUCUCUGUAGCAGCUGCCUCUAAACUGCUUGCCAAUAUGGUGUAUCAGUACAAAGGCAUGGGGCUGUCCAUGGGCACCAUGAUCUGUGGCUGGGAUAAGAGAGGCCCUGGCCUCUACUAUGUGGAUAGUGAAGGGAAUCGGAUCUCAGGGGCCACCUUCUCUGUAGGUUCUGGCUCUGUGUAUGCUUAUGGAGUCAUGGAUCGGGGCUACUCCUAUAACCUGGAAGUGGAGCAGGCCUAUGAUCUGGCCCGUCGAGCCAUCUACCAAGCUACCUACAGAGAUGCCUACUCAGGAGGUUCAGUCAACCUCUACCACGUGCGGGAGGAUGGCUGGAUCCGUGUCUCUAGUGACAAUGUAGCUGAGCUACAUGACAAGUAUAGGGGACUUAAUCCCUGAAGGAGGAUGGAUAUGGCUGCUUGCAUUUUGAGGGGUGACUGUCAUUGGUAAUAUGUAUACAGCACCCCAUCCUGUCUAUAGUGGAAGGUCCUCACUUGUGUUGAUACUUAUUUUUAAGCUCUGGAACAUUGGCCUCUGUGUGGUAGCAGUUGUUGGUGAGCUGCUACAGAGGUGACUAUUCAUUUUACUUUCCUGGAUGUUAACAUUACACUACUCACUACUC